CCUUCUCCAUGUUUGGAUCCAGAACAGGGAUAAGCUACUGCUGAUACAUCUCCAGGAAAAUCAGCACAGAUGGAUCAGAUAGCCAGUUUUCUGGAAAAUGUUGCCAUGCUCUACUUAGAAAUGAGAAGAAUUGAAUUUGGAGCUGUUUUCAAGUGUUUGAGUUUCUCCCUAAGCUCCGUUUCCUGCCUCUAAAGUCCUCAUGCUCUUGCCUCCCGACCUCUCUUUUCUUUGAAUGUAAGAGUGAGUACCGAUUCCCAGCCCCCUGACUUCCACCAUUCCCCUCUUUUCUGAUACUGUGGGCAGUGAAGGGUUAAAUCCCAUAGAGCUGGCGCUCUGACUCCAGGCUAGAGGGGCCCGGGAAGCUGGGGUCACUUCCUGCUCCGUCCCAGUCACCCUGAACUGGUCCCGGGUCCUCAGACUGGGAUCGCCCCCUGAGAAGGACCCCAGAGUCCUCAGCAUCUAGCCAAAACCCCAAGGCAGGAUACUUAAGGGGUUAAGUCCCCUGGGGCUGUAUCCUGCCUUUCAGCUUUUCCCAGCCCCCAGAGCCGGUCCCCUGAACCCCACACCGGCCCUGAUCUCUAGGAUGGAGCAAGGGGCAGAGUUAUGGGGCCCAGAUCUCCAGGGCCCCGAGGAGAGCCUGAGAGAUGGUCAUAAAGGUACUAGAAGUGAAAAUGAGGAGGAGAAUCUUCAGCCAGAAGGAUCAGGGGAUGAAAUGCCUUUGGGAGACCCACCCCAUAGUCCAGAACUCAAGGAUCCCCCAGAGAUGCCCCUGGAGGAGAUUCCUUUGGAUAAUCCAGCCUCUGAAUCAGUUCCCACCCCCUCUGAUUGGACCAAGGCCUGUGAGACAGGCUGGCAAUGGGGGGCCCUGACUACUUGGAACAGCCCCCCAAUAGUGACAGCCAGUGAACCCAGCCUUCGUGAAUUGGUCCAAGGCCGGCCCUCAGGGGGUGACAAACCCUAUAUCUGCAAUGAGUGUGGUAAGAGCUUCAGCCAGUGGUCUAAGCUGCUCCGGCACCAGCGUAUCCACACGGGUGAACGCCCCAACACCUGCUCAGAGUGUGGCAAGAGCUUCACGCAGAGCUCCCAUCUGGUGCAGCACCAGCGCACCCAUACGGGUGAGAAGCCUUACAAAUGCCCUGACUGUGGUAAGUGCUUCAGCUGGAGCUCCAACCUGGUGCAGCACCAGCGGACACACACGGGCGAAAAGCCCUACAAGUGCACUGAGUGUGAGAAGGCCUUCACCCAGAGCACCAACCUCAUCAAGCACCAACGCUCUCAUACGGGCGAGAAGCCCUACAAGUGUGGUGAGUGCCGACGUGCCUUCUACCGCAGCUCAGACCUCAUCCAACACCAGGCCACCCACACAGGCGAGAAGCCCUACAAAUGCACCGAAUGUGGCAAGCGCUUUGGCCAGAACCACAACCUCCUCAAGCACCAGAAGAUACAUGCAGGUGAGAAGCCUUAUCGGUGCACCGAGUGUGGCAAGAGCUUUAUCCAGAGCUCAGAGCUGACGCAACACCAGCGCACGCACACUGGUGAGAAGCCCUAUGAGUGCCUAGAAUGUGGUAAGAGCUUUGGGCACAGUUCCACCCUCAUUAAGCACCAGCGUACUCACCUCCGGGAGGACCCCUUUAAGUGUCCAGUGUGUGGAAAGACCUUUACUCUUAGUGCUACACUAUUGCGGCAUCAGCGCACACAUACAGGUGAGCGACCCUACAAAUGCCCCGAGUGCGGCAAGAGCUUCAGUGUCAGUUCCAACCUCAUUAACCACCAGCGCAUCCACCGAGGGGAGCGGCCAUACAUCUGUGCUGACUGUGGCAAAAGCUUCAUCAUGAGCUCCACCCUCAUCCGACAUCAGCGUAUCCACACAGGUGAGAAGCCCUACAAGUGCCCUGACUGUGGCAAGAGCUUCAUUCGAAGUUCCCACCUAAUUCAGCACCGGCGGACCCAUACUGGGGAGAAACCCUACAAAUGUCCUGAGUGUGGAAAGAGCUUCAGCCAGAGCUCCAACCUCAUCACCCAUGUCCGCACCCACAUGGAUGAGAACCUCUUCUUGUGCCCUGAGUGUGGAAAGGCAUUUGUGGAUGCUGCUGAGCUGCUGCAACAUCGGCUAAUACAUGGAGGUGGAAAGCCUCCUUCUGGAGAUGGGGCAGAGCCAACCAGCCCAGGAGGAGAGAAACCCUAUAAAUUCUCAGUGGGGCUUGGGGAAUCGGCUCUGCUUCCACCCCCUGGAGCCAAACCACACAAGUGUUUGGUGUGUGGUAAGGGCUUUAAUGAUGAGGCUAUUUUUAUGCAGCAUCAGAGGAUACACAUUGGAGAAAACCCGUAUAAAACCACUGAUGGCACUGAACGUCCAUCUCCCCACCCUUCUCAGCUCCGCCCUCAAAGGACCCUUCUUGGGAGGAAAUCAUAUCCAGGUGCUGAGAAAGGUGACAGCGUAGACCAUAUUGGACCAACCCCUAAAAACCUUGAGGGUCGUGAAAGUUUCAGUCAGAGUUCAGAAGCACUCUCCCCCAAAUCCUACAUUUGUUCUCACUGUGGGGAAAGCUUUUUGGACCGUUCGGUGCUCCAUCAGCAUCAGCUCACCCAUGGAAAUGAAAAACCCUAUAUAUUUCCUGAAUAUAGAACUGGUGUUGGGGAAGGGGCAGGACCCAGUCCCAUCUUGAGUGGGAAACCCUUCAAAUGCCCUGAGUGCCAAAAAAGCUUCAGUCUCAGCUCUGAGCUCCUGCAGCAUCAGAAGGUACAUGCAGGAGAAAAGCCCUAUAAAAGCUCUUCUGUUCUUCUAGAGCAUCUCAAGAGCCCUUUGGGGGCCCGACCCUACAGCUGCUCUGUCUGUGGCAUAUCUUUCCUGGACCGCCUGGCCCUCAUCCGGCACCAAGGGAGCCACACCCAAGAAAAGCCCCCCACACCUGGGGAGACCCUCCCAGAACCAGCCACACUGCCAAUGAGCCAGGAUGGGGAAGCAGCCCCCAUGACAGAAAGCAGCAGUCAGUGUGAAGUCCCCAAAACCCAAUCAGGAGAGAAACCCUAUAUAUGUCCUGAGUGUGGAGAAGGCUUCACAGAAACAACAACCCUUCUCCUUCACCGGGGCAGCCAUCCUGGUGUCACCCUAUGAGACUGGAAUAGGAGGCAUGGGGAAGCUCUCUGUCAUGAGAGGGAAUACCUUACUGCCCUAUUAAAUAAUAGGGGGAAGGAGAAGAAACCCAAUAAGAUUGUAAGGAAAGGAAGGACACUUGAAAGAAAAUCAUUUCUACGCAUCAGUGAUGGGAAAACCCUGCAGAGUUGGGGGGGAACCCUUUAUAAGGCUGUAGAGAAAAAAAAAACUGUUGGGGGUAGAAACCCCUAUAAAUAUGUAGGAAGAAAACCCUAUAAGUCUGUAGCAGAAAAACCCUAUAAAUUUUAGUUGGAAAAAGCCCUGUACAAUUGUAGGAAGAAAGCUCAAUAUGUCUUUAGACAUCCCUAUGAAACUAUGAAACUUAUUGUGAAACUAUAGGGUUUAGAAAGGGAGGGAAAAUACUAUAAAGCUCUUAAGUUAGGAAGCCCCUAAAAAAGUUGCAGGGAAACAUCUUCUCUACAAUUGUAGAAUAGCCUUCCUCUCUUUCCUGAAAAGUUACUAGAGGAAUCAUCUCCUAGAAUGUAUCCUGUAUGAUUCCUUUGAGGGAAAUCCCAGUUAAUUGUUGGAGGAGAGGGCAGGAUCAGAGGGCAGGGAAUUGCACUAAAUUACAAAGGAAAGAGAUUGGGAAUCCUCCCAAAGAAAAUGUGCCCCUGUUAAUCUGCUAUGGGGAAAGCUUAGAUUAACUAUUAAGCAGGGAAAAUCCCAAGACACACAGAGGGGAAAAUCUUUGAAAUGGUAAGAGCAAAGUCCUAUAAAUUGUAGUGGGAGAAUCCUAUAAAAAUGGGAGAAAAGUCCUAUUUUGUGGGAGGUUGGAGGAAAAGAAAUGGGAUAUGAGAAUCCUAUAAAAUUAAAAGGGAAACAGUUAAGUCCUUUGUAGAAAAAAAUACCCCAAAUUGUGAAGGUAAAAUACUUGAGUAGGAUGGAUGGGAAACCUCUUUCCAACUAUGAAGCUUUUGGGGGUAAGAGUUCAAAAAUUCCAGUAUGAAAAUAUUGGAAAGUCCCUACAAAUCUCAGGAGACUAUGUAGAAAUAAGGUGUUUUUUUUUUUUUUUAAUAAGAUUUUCUUGGUAAAACAUAAACCACAGCAGGAUAUAUUUUAGAAAAAACUGUGUUUCCACUGUGUUACCAAAAUCUUACAUAAGAUUAGUGGUGGCAAAACUCCCCUGAGGGAGGUUUGCCCAGAUCUAAAGUCUCUCCAGGGAAGGAUUCCAAUUUUCCUCGGUCCCAUCCUCCCCCUUCUCAGGUUCUGAACUUCUAGGAAGUUCUUCCUGAUGUCUAACCUCCAUUUCAAUUGCUGCAGCAAUAACCCAUUUCCUCUUGUUCUGUCCUUUUAUGGAGAGAGAGAAUAGCUGCUAAUCAUCCUCCAAAGAAUAAAGCCCUUUAGAGACUUGAAGCCUGUGACUAAAUUCUCCCGUAGUCUUCAAACUAUAGCCAUCUCUUGGUUACUUGGGGGGAAGAGAAGGUCAGACUUUAUUUGAAUGAAAUUUAGAUUAUCCAACAACCUAAUUUUCCACCUAGUCUUUUAUAAGAACUAUUAAGACAAAGUGAACUGAUGGGCAUUUCAUUAUUAUUUUCCACUCCUAUCUUUCCCAAAUGUCUCCUAAGCAAAGACUUUUCAUCCUAUAGUAAUCAAGAGUUGGCUGUAAUCCCUUCCCCCUUUUUUUGUCCUUUAUGCCUUUAAUCUCCCAGUGUAUUCCUUUACUUCCAGGCUCCCAGGUGCCUUCUGUGGUUAUGGGGCUUUGCAGUGAGGUGACUUCUACAUGCCCUGCUUUUCUUUAGGUAGCUGAGUACUGUGUAACCAAAAACCUUAGAAGGGGAAAACCCAAAGAAAUAAAACUUUGCUUUCUUGGAGGGACCCCUAUUAUCCCCUUCCAAAUUUCUAAAAGAAUACAAAUCAUGUAAGCCUACAGUAAAUGACCCUGUAAUGGAGAGAUGGGUGGAGGUUAUGUGACUCUUAAGGGAGCUAACUAAACAGUUCAAAGAAGACUGCCCCUAAAAUAGAUAGGGAAUGAUUCCCCCUUUAAGUAAACAUUGAGGAGAAAGGAUUUUGUUAAAUGGCACAAAAGAAUUCUAUCCCUAAAGUCUUAGCCAUAAAACUAAAGAUCUCUGCUGUAUAGAAUUUUAGAAAAAGUCCUAGGAAUUACUUAGAAGCUACAAAGCUGUUAAAGAAACUCCUAUUAAACUCUGGUUGGGGUGGGGGAGGCUCUUUUUGGGGACAUAGACAAAAAAUUCUCUUUCCAAAACACUCCUACAUGAAGUUAUAAAACCCUGGGAGUCUGGACUUGACUUUAGAGGGAGCAUUAAAUUAUAUGGAAAAAAACCCCAUUCUAUAUUUAAAACCAUAAUGAUAAGCCCAGACAGCCUGGAGUGGGAGAGCCCUAUAAUGUUGAAAUGGGGCGUGCCCUAUAGAAUAAUUGUAAGGAUAAGCUAUUACAGAUUUACAUCCCUUCCCGACCAAAAAAAAAGUAUACCUUUGUAAGUAAAGUAAGAGAAAAGACUUCCCCCUUUGCACUUGCAUGGGGUGAUAAAUUGUACAAAACUGAAGGGAAGAAGAGAAGUGCUCAAAUCUAGAAGGAAAAAUAAAUCCUUUAAACCAGUAGAAGCAAAAAUGCCCUAUAAAUUGUAGAGAUAAAAUCUUUGUAAAGCUAGGUAAAAAGUUAUCCCCACCCCUUUAGUAAUCAGGAAUGGCAAGCCCUAAGGAGCUAUGUAAGGGGAAACCCUAAAUAGUCCAGGGAAAGUCCUGUAGGGGAGAGCAGUAGCUGAGGGUAGUUCUCAGAAACCAGUCCUAUGAGGGCUGUACAGUAGGCUGUGUAGAGGAGAUAGGGUGUAGACUAUUAGGAUGAUCGCAUGUUAUAGGGUUGGGGGGGAGGGAUUGGGGUCUUCUCUCUAAUACAGAGUUUAGGGUGGGAGCCUGAUCUGGUUGGGAUUUGGAGUUUUCAAAGCAGAAAGGGGAAAGAGGUCCGAGAACCUUUUGGAUCCAAUCCUUUCAAUUCCUUUUCUCUCCCCUAAACUUUACUCAGUCCUAUCCAUGGACCUCCAAUCCCAGGGCUGAUGACGUUCACUGUUCUGUUCAGCUUUGUGUGCUCCCUGCUGCCCCAUGCAUCUCUGUGACUUGGAUGGGCAGUCACACCAUGUCAGCGUCAUCUCUGUUGGCUUUGCCCCAGCCUUGAAUCAGGAACACCAACUUUUCUGUUUUCCAUCCCAGAGCUAGCUACAUUUAAAAGGUGGGUCAAAUAAGUGAGCUUCAGGAGAGACCACCCUUUACUUGAUGCAUUUUGCUAGCUCCUUGUCCUCCCUCAUUCUAGAACUGCAUUAACUGAUCCCCAGUAAAACAAAAUAUCACCAGCAGAGGCCAGGGUGAGGAGGGAGCCAAGGCAAUUCAGCAAGCUGGAAACAUGAGUGUAAGGAGAUGCUGGAAACUGGCUUGGAAGAAGUGGGAUUAGAGGUCUUAAGGAGAUCAACUAAGAUUUCAGAGCUAUGACUUGUGAAAUUAAGUGGAAAUUUGCUAGCACUGGGGAUGCUGAAUGAUGGAGAGACCUGAAACCAUCAGAGCAGUGAGGUGCAAAGUCCUUUUAGCCAUUGUGUGAGGUGUGGUGAAUAGACACCAGACCCCAUGGCCCAGGUCAGCUUUCCCUCACUGCCCUAGGGUUCCUUCUUUUCCAGACCAGUGGGUUGGGAGGGGUCCCCUCCUUUGAGUGUUGUGUGUCAGAAACAGUGUUGUGUCGCUGGUGGUUGUGUGGAGUAGCUGAAGAGAAUAAAGGGAAUGCGAUUUCCCGA